CAUGAAAUGGACAUCAUGACUACUACUACUAACCUUUUGAUUUCAAAUUAACUGAAGUUGGUUAUAUGAGUUCUUGAUUUUUCUGUUCAAAGUCUAUGCUAUUAAAAAAGAUUCAAUUUUUAUCACAAGUUAUACAUAGUGAAGGUCCCAUUAGUGGGAUCUUUAGAAACAGAACCGAAAGUAAGAGAAAGAAAAGAGGAUUGAAAGAGAAAGGUGCAAACUUUUUCUUUUUCCCUUUCUCUUUUUUCUUCUUUUCAUACCUUCCUUUUUUCUUUAGUUUUAGCUUUUACACAUUUGAAUACUUAAUACAAGGACCCUUUAAUCCAGAAAAUAUAAGUAGCUUUUUUAGCUGAGGUGAAAAAAAGAAGAAAGUUAAAUUGGAUUGGUUGUUGGGGUUUUGUGGAGAAUUGGUUUUGAUCUAUACUCAAAAACUGUUUUGAAGUUUCUGCUAUUGCCAGUUGAUAUAAGGGGAUUGAGUUGUUUCCUGUAAUUGAAUUGUAUUAAGAUUUUGAGAAUAUUAAGUAUUGUUUACAAAAAAAAAGAUGGGUGUUGAGUUGUUAGAGAUUGGAGUUCAGAUGAGGAGAGUAGUGAUGUUUUCAAUUAAAGGAUGUUAUAAAACAGUGUUGAAUCAUCCUUUCCUUGCGAGUAUGCUGUGUUUCAUAACAUUUUUGUACAGAUCUUUCCCAUUUCUGUUUUCCAUAUUAGUAGCUAUAUCCCCAGUUCUUAUUUGUACUGCUAUUUUGCUUGGAACUUUACUAAGUUUUGGCCAACCAAAUAUACCUGAAAUUGAAAGGGAAGAAAAAACAACUCAUGAUAUAGUGCCUUUGAAAACUGGACUAUUAUGUGAUACUACUCAUAUUGAGAGUGAAGAUAGCUACUAUGUGGAGAGAUAUACUGAUAAUGAGAGGAACGUCGUAGAGCAGUCCAUUGAUAAGGUCAGUCAUCUUUCCCCUUUACUCGAGGAAAGGUCUCGAGAAUUUCAAUUUGGGAAUGGGGUUUUUGAUGAAGCAGCAAGGGAGUUUUAUGAGCAGAACAAUGAAAAGAGCGAAGAGAAACACAGCGAUGGAGAACAUACGGAGGAUCUAUACUCUCCAAUUCCAACAGUUGAUGGGGAUUUUGAGGAAGCAGAGAGGGAAUUUUAUGAACAGAACGAUGAAAAGAAUGAAGAGAAACAUGAUGAUGACGAACUUAUGGAGAGUCAAUACCCUCCCAUUCCGAUGGUUGAUGAGGGUUUUGAGGAAGCAGAGAGGGAAUUUUAUGAGCAGAAUGAUGAAAAGAAUGAAGAGAAACAUGAUGAUGGGGAACUUAUCGAGAGUCAAUACUCUCCCAUUCCAACGGUUGAUAAUGAGAGCAUUGAUUUUGAUUUUGAUAGAUCAGAUUCCUUUGAUUCUAAAAGGGUGAAUCUUAAUUCUCUUCCUGGUUCCCCUUGGAAAAAGGAGGAGUCCGACAAAGAGGAAGAACAGGAGGAGGAGGAUGACGAGUCUUUUGAUUCGGAGUCUGAUCGAGCGGAGAGCUCUUCUCCAGAUGCUUCAAUGGCUGACAUUAUCCCAAUGCUUGAUGAGCUCCAUCCGCUUUUAGAUGAAGACACUCCUCAACAUGUUAGUUUGUCGCAUGAUGAUGGUUUUGAUGCUGCUUCAGACAGUUCGGGUAAGUUCAGUGCAAGCGAUAAUGAAUCUGAUGAUGGUUGUGAAAACCAGGAAGAGGUAGAAGUUGCACAUGACGAGAAUGAAGAAGAAACACGAGACAAGGAAGAUAAAAGUAAGUCAGCUAUUACAUGGACAGAGGAGGAUCAGAAGAAUCUAAUUGACUUGGGAAGCUCGGAGGUGGAAAGGAAUCAACGGUUGGAGAGUCUUAUGGCGAGGAGAAGAGCACUGAAGAAAAUGAGGCUGAUGAUGACCGAAAAGAAUUUGAUUGACUUGGAUACCGCUGAUCUUCCGUUCAACAUCCCGCCCAUUUCAACAGCAAGAAACAAUCCUUUUGAUGUUCCUAAGGAUAACUACGAACUUGGACUGCCUCCAAUUCCUGGGUCUGCUCCAUCCAUUUUAGUACCAAGGCGGAACCCAUUUGAUCUUCCCUACGACUCAAGUGAAGAAAAGCCUGAUCUUAUGGAAGACAGUUUCGAAGAAGAGUUUAUGGCAUUUCGACCAAAGGAGCCAGUCUUGCGGAGGAACGAAACUUUUAGUGCAAGGCCCUCACUAUUUGGGAUGAACAGGCAAGAUAGCCAUUUCAGACCUUAUUUUGUCCCAGAAAGGAUGGCUUCAGAAGGAACGAGCUACUCACCAUUUCAACGACAAUCUAGCGAACUUAGUGAUUCCAAGGUAAGUUCUGUUCCUGAAACAGACUCAUUAGGUUCAGUUGAAGACCUCAUUGAAGAGGUCAAUGUAAGACACAAAAGCCUCGAUGAAGAAGAACUGGAACACAAAGACCUCAUAGAUGAACAUAUCUCCGAGGAACCAGAGCUGAUAUCUAAAAUGGAGCAUACUUCUGAGCAUGUCAGGAAUGGAAGUGAAUCCUCUGAAGAAGUCGAGUCAUUGGAGCAGCUGGGAGCUGUGGAAAUUCAUCAUGAAGUAGAAGAAACUUUGCUCCAGGAAGGAAGAGUGUCCGAUGCUUUGGAACUUAAUCCAACCGAAAUUCAAUCGAAGUCAGAAACUUCUGAUCAGAUAUACAGCAAUCAAUCUAGCUCCUCGUCGUUAGAAGUAAGUGAAAGGGUCUUUGCAUAUAAAGAAGAAGAAGAAGAAGAAGAAGAAGAAGAAGAAGAAGAAGAAGAAGAAGAAGAAGAAGAAGAAGAAGAAGAAGAGACGAUGUCAAGCUUAGAGGAGACAAUGGGUGAUGUUGAACAAAAUGGGAUCUCCAGGCAAACUUCAUUUAAUGGAUCAGAUUUCCACAUCACGAGCACUUCAGCGGAGCAGACUUCACACUGGGAACCUAUUUAUGAUACCAGUCCUUCUGCUAUUAUGGAAAACACUUUUUCAGCCUCCUUAAGUUCAGAUCAGCUUGAGGAAUCUGAAACAGGGUUUUCCCCUAUAUUGGUUAAAAGAAGUGUUUCUUUCUUAGAGAGGGAAUCUGAGGAAAGUAGUCAGGACAUUGAAAGGUCCAUUUCUACUAAUGAAGAGAUUUCGGCACCAGUAGAUGACCAAGAAUCUCUGUCGAGGAACGAGGUAUGCAAACGUGAGCUUGAUGUUGGAAAGGCAGAGAUCUCUCAACAUGAUGAAUUCUUUGGCAGUGCAAGUGCUCCUCCGGUGCCUGAGUUUGUCGUUGGUCAGGCAUCUACUGACUCAAAAUUAUCGGCAAAUGAAGAUAUUGGGUAUGAGGAAGGAACUAUUGAGCAUGCGCUACAGCAAAUUUAUUCUUCAGGAUUUAAUGCGGAUACCUGUAUUGUGCCUCAACAUGCUGUAGACCAGACAGUGGAAUUCCUUUCAAAGUCCUCAGAACAUGAAAACAUCCAUCAGUUGGAUGAACAGCAUUCUCUAAUCGCAGAAGAGGUUCCACUCGUUCAACCAGAUGUGCGUUCUUUGGAGAGGGAUUCUGUGGACGAUGCAGCUCAGAAGGAAGAAGCUAUAAUCUCAGAAAUAAAUGAUCUUCCCUCAUCAAACAAUGUUGUAAAUUUGGUUACGGAUGCUCACAGUGAAUUGGAUGAAAAGCUGAUCUCUUCUGAACAUCAAUUUGCUUCUGUAGAAAAGUCCUCGUCUCUGUGUGAAGAAGACACCGCAUGCUCAGACAAAUCCAUGGAUGAAGAAUCCUCAGAGGAUCACAACGUAAUGGAGCCACCAGUUAUCCUGGUUGAGUCAAUUGAGGAAGCAAGCACCACGGAGAACUUGAAUGUGCCAGAAAUCCAUGACCUUGGUGACGGAAUCCCCAUUAUCAACUCCCCACGUACUCCUGACUCUUUCUCCAAUCUGCAUGAGGUUGAUGAAGCCCCAAGAGGUGCUGGUCUAUCAGGUCUAAGGAACAACAUCCUCGAUGAGUUGGAAAAUGAUAACCAGAUCAAGGUCUUGGAAAACUAUGUAUUGCCACUAGAAGCAGCUGAUUUUCAUCAUGAUGAGCAAUAUAUAGUUGAAGAAACCGAUGGUAUCAGCGACAUUGAUGAGGUAUUUCUCUCUGAAUUAGAUACAGUUGGUGACUUUAGCAUCAAGGGGUCAAGCCAGAAUGAGUUUGAGAGACAAAUCAACUCUAGUGCAGAGGAUUUGUCUCCAUUCCAUGCUGUUGAUUCUGUAACUACAGAAGUUUACGAAGGGGCCUGUGCUGAAGUUCAUGAAAGAAAGCUCCCGUUGCACCCUGAGAUCUUAAAUGCAUCCACAUUUGAAGAGAUUGAUGAGCAUGAAGAAAAGGAGUGUGCUUCAGAUAUUCAAAAUUAUGGAUUGAUAAGUAUCGAUCAUAUUGAUGUUGUUUAUCCUAGAUCAAUUGAAGGAGGAUUGCCAGAGGAUAGUGAGACCGGACCUUCAGAUCCCAGUGUAAAGCACAAUGUGGAUGCUCAAGAGAUAGUUCCAGAAAUGCCAAUAGUUGAAGCUCAAAACUCUGUCUUUGAGGUGGAAAACUUACAAUCUACUCAAACUGGAGUGACUGAAGAGGAAACUGAUUCUGGUAUGCCAGUACUGGAAGCACAAACAAUUCAAGAUAUUGAGUCAGCAUUUUGGCAAGUUUAUGAGAAAGAAACAGAGAAAUCUAAUGUUCUUGAGCAAUCUGAUGGUGAAGAUUCUGGAAUGCCAGUGCUGGAAGCACAAACAAUUGAAGAUAUUGAGUUAGCAUUUAGAAGUACUUCUGAGAAAGAAAUAGAGCACUCGGAUGUGCUUGAGCUACCUAAUUCUGAGCUAGUAACUGAACAAUCUGGUUGUUCAAACAAUGACGCAGCGGUUGAAAUGUCAAGUUCAGUACAGGAAGAUUCUGGAAUGCCAGUUCUGGAAGCACAAACAGUUGAAAAUAUUGAGUUAGCAUUUAGAAGUACUUCUGAGAAAGAAAUAGAGCACCCGAAUGUGCUUGAGCUACCUAAUGCUGAGCUAGUAACUGAACAAUCUGGGAGUUCAAACAAUGCGGCAGCAGUUGAAGUGUCAAGUUCAGUACAGGAAGAUUCUGGAAUGCCAGUUCUGGAAGCACAAACAGUUGAAGAUAUUGAGUUUGCAUUUAGAAAUAUUUGGGAUAAAGAAAUAGAGAACUCGGAUGCACUUGAGCUUCCUAAUGCUAAAGUAGUAACUGAAGAAUCAGGGAGUUCUGACAAUGCAGCAGUGUUUGAAGUGUCAAGUUCAGUACAGAAAAAUUCUGGAAUGCCAGUGGUGGAAGCACAAACAAUUGAAGAUAUUGAGUCCGCAUUUAGAAGUACUUCUGAGAAAGAAACAGAGAACUCGAAUGUGCUUGAGCUAGUAACUGAAGAAUCUGGAAACAAUACAGCAGCGGUUGAAGUGUCAAGUUCAGCUCUUGAAGAUUCAGGAAUGCCAGUGCUGGAAGCACAAACAGUUGAAGAUAUUGAGUUAGCAUUUAGAAAUAUUUGGGAGAAAGAAAUAGAGAACUCGGAUGUGCUUGAGCUUCCUAAUGCUAAACCAUUAACUGAAGAAUCUGGGAGUUCUGACAAUUCAACGGUGUUUGAAGUGUCAAGUUCUGUAAAGGAAGAUUCUGGAAUGCCAGUGCUCGAAGCACAAACAAUUGAAGAUAUUGAGCUAGCAUUUAGGCAAAUUUCUGAGGAUGAAACAGAGAACUCGAAUGUGCUUGAGCUACCUACUGCUGAGCUAGAAACUGAAGAAUCUGGAAACAAUGUGGCAGCGGUUGAAGUGUCGAGUUCAGUACUGGAAGAUUCUGGAAUGCCAGUACUGGAAGCACAAACAAUUGAAGAUAUUGAGCUAGCAUUUAGGCAAAUUUCUGAGAAUGAAACAGAGACAGAGAACUCGAAUGUGCUUGAGCUGCCUAAUGCUGAGCUAGUAACUGAAGAAUCUGGAAACAAUGCAGCAGCGGUUGAAGUGUCAAGUUCAGCUCUGGAAGAUUCUGGAAUGCCAGUGCUCGAAGCAGAAACAGUUGAAGAUAUCGACACAGUAUUUAGGCGAAUAUCUGAGAAAGAAAUAGAAAAAUCAAAUGUUCUUGAGCAACCUAAUGCUGAGCUAGCAACUGACAUAUCUGGGAAUUUUGACAACGCAGCAGUGCUCGAAGUGUCAAGUGUGACACGCGCAAUGCAAUUACCAAUUCUUGAAACAAGACAAACUGAAUAUUUUGAUUUGGAUCAUGAAGAUCUUUCAGAGGGUGAUGGUGAUGAGCAUACGGAGAAAUCCAGAGACAUAGGAGCUUCUUCAGAUUCACAAAACUUUGAGACAGACUUGGCUUUGAAACAAGUCUUGGAAGCAAAUCUGGAGAGACCCCUGAAAUCCACUUCUGAAGGUGAGUUAGCAGAAGUUAAGCCAAGUGGAGCAGGCUCAUCCAACAUGGAAUCAAGUGCUAGAGGAUCUGAUGUAUCUGGAUUUGGUGAAGGUGAAACUGGAAAAGGAGAUCAUGAAGUUGUAGUAAAAGAAGCUAAGGAAUUAACGGCUGAAAAACCAGAUCAUGUUGUUGAUAUGCCUACUACAGCUGAUGUUAAAAGCAAGAAAGACAAACACCAAAAGUCAGGCUCAAGUUCAAGCUCAAGCUCAAGCUCUGAUUCAAGUUCAAGCGACUCUGAAAGAGAAUGAAGACGAUCGAAAGAAUUGGUGGAAGAAGGUAGGGGAACCUUUUUUGGAUUUUGCUUUUGGAGCUUUCGUUUUCUUUAUCGUGUCAAUGAAAUUGAUCACGAGGAGUUCAAGUUGGUUUACUUUGUGUUUAUUGUUUUAGUAGUUUGGCUUAUGCAUGGUUUGUAGUGCCGUGUGAAAAUGAUGGACUCCUUCAAGAAUGAGUUUUGGUUUGAUUUCUUGAAGCAUUCUUUUCUUAUUUUCUAUCUUUUCAGCAGUUUUGGAGAUUGGUGGGAGAAAAGGUUUUGUUAACUUGUAUAUGGAUUUUCCAAUUUUUGGUAUGAAACAGUUUCUGUUUGUCUGUUUCUGUGGAAGUAAUGGCAAGACUCAUUUGUUGCUUCU